GCGCGGGACGCUCUGGGGUUGCCAGGGCGACAGGGAGACAACAUGGCGCGCCGACAGCUCUGUCCUGGGGAGGGGGUCUGGAGCCGCAGAGGGGACCGCGUCCUCCCCACCCGCCCCCUCCCCGCCGCCCGGCCCUGAGAGCGCCCAGGGAGAAGCGAGCGGAGGAUGAACAAAUACAAAACAAUUAGUAAAAUUGGCGAGGGAACUUUUUCCGAUGUUCUGAAGAUACAGUGUCUGAGAGACGGACAAUAUUAUGCAUGUAAACAAAUGAAACAGCAUUUUGAAAGUAUUGAGCAUGUGAACAACCUGAGAGAAAUACAAGCAUUAAGACGACUGAAUCCACACCAAAACAUCCUUACACUCCAUGAAGUGAUAUUUGACAAGAAAGCUGGUUCUGUUGCAUUAAUAUGUGAACUAAUGGACAUGAACAUAUAUGAACUGAUAAAAGAGAGAAAAAAACCGUUGCCUGAAAAAAGAAUAAUGAAUUACAUGUACCAGUUAUGCAAGUCUCUUGAUCACAUGCAUAGGAAUGGAAUAUUCCACAGAGAUGUAAAACCGGAAAACAUAUUAAUAAAGCAGGAUCUUCUGAAAUUAGGGGAUUUUGGAUCAUCUAGGAGUAUACAUUCCAAACAGCCAUAUACAGAAUACAUCUCUACACGCUGGUACAGAGCACCCGAAUGUCUUCUCACAGACGGCUACUAUAGUUACAAAAUGGAUAUGUGGAGUGCUGGUUGUGUUUUCUAUGAAAUUGCAAGUUUCCAGCCACUCUUUCCUGGAUUGAACGAACUGGACCAGAUCUCAAAAAUCCAUGAUAUUAUAGGUACUCCUCCUAAGAAGAUUCUUAAUAAGUUCAAGCAGUCGAGAGUGAUGAGCUUUGACUUUCCUAUCAGAAAAGGGAAAGGGAUCUCUCCAUUUAUGCCUAAUUUGUCCAGAAAGGGCCUGCCACUAAUGUAUGCAAUGCUACAGUAUGAUCCUGAUGACAGAAUUGAUGCCCGUGAAGCGCUGCAGCACGCUUACUUCAGAGAGUUGAGGGUGGCAGAGAAACAAGCUUUGGCUAUGCGCAGAAAAAUGAGAUUAGCAGAAAACCCCUUAGAAAGGGACUGUAUCAGCUUGCGGCGUAUUUCAAAGGAGGAUCAAAGGCAGAACUUUCUGAGGAAAGCCCAGGAGAAUCCACUGGGACAUCAUGGACCUCUCUAUGCAGUAGAGUUGCCAAAACUGGCUGUUCCUGCAGUAACCAACUUGACUUCUUACCCAAAUCCUACAUUUCAGCCAGUUUUUGCCUUACCAGCAACCAACGGGCCUGUCCAGGUGUUGCAACCUAUCACAUGUUUUGGGACACAUCGCAAGUCUGAAAAACAGAAGGAAUUCAAAUCUCCUGUGAAACAAUUCCACUUGCCUGCUCUGGAAAGAAGAGGUGGAGGAUACUGAUGGGCACGAUUCUCUUGCGCUCUCCAUGUUCUCAAAGGUACAUCAACAGCAAUAGUGCCUUACCUUCGCAAAUGCUGCAGCGAGAUGCUACAAAAAGCAGUUCUUUUGGUACUAGAUUCUUUUUUUUAAAAAAAACACACGGUUGUCUAUGUAAGCACCAUUUUCGUAGCUCAGAAUGCACUUUAUUAAUUUUUUUUAAAAGAUCCUUAAAAACAAAAAUUCCCUUUUUUCCCUCUCAAGUGGAUCGUAUACUUGUUCAAUUGUGCUGGACUAUUAGGAAUGAAUUUGUUACAAGUUUUAUAUUAAAUGCUAAAAAGUGUUUAUUUAUGA